AUGUGGCGAGACCUCGCGAUUGUGGGGCUUGUUGUCCUCAUUUUUCUCCUUUGUCUUUCUCAAUUUGAAAUGAAAGAUGGCAAAUUAAUUAAUUGUCUUUUGGCGGAGGAAAAACUCAAAAAGUCUUCUUUGGCUUUCUGGCCGCUCGAGGGCAGCGCGCCCGCCUACGUCGCCAGGGGAGCGCUCCCCUGCGUCGAGGAAGUCGUCGCCUUUGCAAAUGCCAAACGAGCAGGACCAGAUGGCGUCGUCGGCACGGAGGUGACUCGAGGGACGACCAGCUCACCGCAGAAGAGCAGCUCGAUUUGCUGGGGGCUUCUCUGGAGGCGAAUUUCGCGAGGGCCUUUUGGGUCUAUUCGCCCACUUUCCUUUCUUACGAACACUACGGGUUCCUUAACCAUUUCGCGAGAAGCCCCGCUGCGGCCCUUGCUGCUGCAGCCGGGGAUCUUUCAGCAGCAGCAGCAGCAGCAGCAGCAGCAGCAGCAGCAGCAGCAGCUGGGCGCUUCAACUCCCGCUGUGCAGUCUGCCAUCCGGCUCAAGCCCCACAGGAAGGUCCUCGUUGGAGUGUCGGACUCUCGAGGGGCAGUAUAUUUGGAGCAUAUAACAGCUCAUGUUCCGAGGGCAGCUUUUACAGUCUAUGCGCUGCCGUCUCUUGUUUACGGCUGGGACCUGGAGUCUGCGCUGGUGCCCCUGGAGGGGCUGUACACCAGUCUUUACCACAACGUGGCAGUGCCGCUGAUAGAAGUGCUGUGGGGCGGAGAUGCAGCAGCAGCAGCAGCAGCAGCAGCAGCAGCAGCAGGAGAGCAGGGGGGUUUGAGCAGCAGCUUGCGGCAGCAGCGGCGCGGGCAGCAGCAAGCUCUUGCUGCAGCAAUUGAGACGGAAGCAGAAGAGAGGUUUAAUGCAGCACGAGAGCAGCAAAAGAAGACGCAGGAAAAGGAGCAAGCAGCAGCAGCAGCAGCAGAAAUAGCAGCAGCAGCAGCAAGGGCCAGGACGGCCCCCAACAGCAACGAGCAGCAGCAGCAGCAGCAGCAGCAGCAGCAGCAAGAGGAGCUCGAGGACGACGAGGAAGAAGAUGAAGAUGAGGAGGAGUCCGUUGAGCACGACGAGCUCUAA